AUGUUAUUCGAUGGAUCUACAAUUCUGCUUCAGAACGGAUCCACCAGUAAUCCGUAUGGAACACCUGGCUCAGGCGGAUCUCUUCUCGACAUUGCUAAUCGUACAAACCACUACGACUAUCAGAAUGGCACUGAUGGCUUCGGGAACCCUAUUCCGCAUCUGCCGCAGCAGAUCAGGGACUAUGUAGAGGACUAUAUGGGAAACCCACAGAAAACAGCGGAAGAAAUCAGGAACCUGCUCUCUACCAUUUCCCCUGACAUGGAAGUCCCGCCAGAGGGUCAAGAGGGAACACCAGAUGGACUGAAAGUUUUCUUGUACCGUCACCAGAAGAUGGCCCUGAAGUGGAUGGAAAACAUGGAAGCGGAUAACCAGAAGAAAGGAGGAAUCUUGGCUGACGACAUGGGCUUGGGUAAGACAGUUUCGACUAUUGCCCUAAUGCUAAGCCGUCGUGUCGAAUGGGACCGCUUCAACAGCAGUAAUCGACCGGUCAAAACCAACGUCAUUGUUGGUCCUGUUGCGCUCAUCAAACAGUGGGAACGCGAGAUUGACAAAAAGGUUAAUUACCGACAUCGAUUCGAGGUCCACAAUUAUCAUAGCAAGAAGGUCGAUUACAAUACCUUGCGUCAGAAAGAUAUUGUAUUGACAACAUAUGGUACUCUCGGUGCUGAACUGAAGAAGUUUGAAGAGUACGUAAAAAAAUCGACUCAGAGAGGCGAAUCGAUAGACGAGAGCCACUUGCAAAAACUCUGCCCAUUCCUUAGUCCCAAGAGUCAAUUCCACCGCGUCGUCCUCGACGAGGCACAGUGUAUCAAGAACAAGAAGACUCAGGCGGCCAAGGCAGCUGGUAGGAUCGUUGCAGAAUACAGAUGGUGCCUCUCUGGCACGCCUAUGAUGAACAGUGUGAGUGAACUGGCAUCGCUGAUUAAUUUCUUGAGAAUCAAGCCGUAUUGUGAGACGGAUAAGUUCAGCCGGACUUUUGGCUGUCUCAGUGCUACACGGUCUGGGGGGCACAACCGAGAUAAGGCGAUGAGACAACUCCAAACCCUGUUGAAGGCGAUUAUGAUGCGACGGAGCAAGACUUCAAUAAUUGACGGAAAGCCGAUCAUCGACCUAAAGCCCAAGAUCGAGACCGUGGACCAUGUUGUCUUUAACGAGGAUGACGGCCAAUUCUACCGGGAUCUUGAAACAGAGAGUCGAGUUACAAUCAGCAAGUAUCUCAGAGAGGGUACUGUCGGGAAACACUACUCUAUCGCGUUGGUUCUCCUCCUGCGCCUUCGCCAGGCGUGUUGCCAUCCAUACCUUCAUCUGACCGACCUGGAUUACGGUAACAACGAAAUUCCAGAGGACGUAAUGCUUGAGCUCGCGAAGACCCUCGCGCCUGCUGUGGUUAAUCGCAUCAAGGAGGCAGAGGGUUUUGAAUGCCCCAUCUGCUACGAUGCCGUAGACAACCCUUCGAUCAUGCUACCUUGCGGCCAUGACACAUGUGCCGAGUGCUUGGACCGACUGACGGGCAACGCAGAACAGCGCAACCUGCAGAAUGGCAACGAGGGUGGCAGCAAAGUUCAUUGUCCCGAGUGUCGGGGGGAUAUCGACAUAAAAAAAGUCAUCACCUAUGAGUACUUCAAGAAAGUACAUAUGCCUCAACCCGACGAGGCUACUACAACUGCGGCCGAGAAAGAAGAAACUGCGAGCGAAUCUGAAGAUAAUAAUGAAACUGAUUCCGAGGACGAGACUGACGAUGAUAUGGGUGACGACGACGUGGAUGAGCGUGGCAAUUUGAAGGACUUCGUCGUCAAUGACGAUAAUGAUGGUGUCAAUGCAGAUGAUGUUGACCCCGAUACCACUGACUUGAAUGACGAGCUUGGAACAGUCAUUGAAAAGUCGAAAGCCACGAAGAAAAGCAAGAGGCCCAAGAAGAACAAGGGCAAGGCAAAGCAAAAGGAACUUGAGGUGAAGCCGCAUAUGCUCAAGGAUCUGCGCAAAGAUGCUGGGAAGAGUCAAGAGGCGUACCGGCGAUACAUGCGAUAUCUCAAAAAGAUUUGGCUCCCGUCUGCCAAAGUAACCAAGUGCCAGGAGUUGAUCGCCGAUAUCCAACAGACUGGUGAAAAGACUAUUGUUUUCUCACAGUGGACUCUGCUACUUGACCUGCUCGAGAUCCCAAUCAAGCACGAGCUGAAGCUUGGUUACCGCCGCUACGAUGGCGGUAUGUCUGCAACUCAGCGAGACCAUGCUGUUCGUGACUUUAUGGAGAACGACGAUGUCAAGGUUAUUCUGGUAUCUCUGAAAGCUGGCAAUGCUGGCCUCAACCUGACUUCGGCAUCACAGGUGAUCAUUAUGGAUCCCUUCUGGAACCCUUACAUUGAAAUGCAGGCCAUCGAUCGUGCUCACCGUAUUGGCCAACAGAAUACUGUAAAGGUGCAUCGUGUUCUGAUCGAGAAUACGGUUGAGGAUCGUAUCGUCCUUCUUCAAGAAAAGAAACGAAAGUUGGUGGACGCAGCACUGGACGAAGGUGCGGCCAAGAACAUUGGACGUCUUAAUGCCGACGACCUUGCUUAUCUCUUUGGCAUUGGCGGUGGGCGUUAG